AUGUCUCGCUACGCAGAUGUCCACGUUAACCCCCAAGGCCCCGGCGACGCACGCCCAACAGCCCUCCAAAUCGUCAAAGAUGAAGGCUUAAUCGGAAAGCUCACCGACAAAGUCAUUCUCAUCACAGGCGGCAACUCAGGCAUUGGUCUCGAGACUGCCAAAGUUCUUCGUGCGACCGGUGCAACCAUUUACAUCACUGCACGAGACUCCGACAAGAUUGAGAAGGCCAUCGAGGAAAUCAAGUCUUACCCGGAAGCCAAAUCUGAGGCGCCUGUCUAUGGUAUCGAGCUGAGACUUGACUCUUUCACAUCCGUACGAGCUGCGGCGAAAGAUUUUCUGGAGAAGGAGAAGAAGUUGAAUGUUCUUGUUCUCAACGCUGGGACUAUGGCUACGCCUGAGGGUCGAACUGAGGAUGGUUUUGAGACGCAGUUUGGCACCAACCAUCUCGGCCACUUUCUACUCUUUCAACUGCUCAAGACCCCUCUUUUCGCUGCUUCCACGCCGUCUUUUCAGUCCAGGGUUAUCUCACUAAGCUCCAAGGGUCAUCGCCUAAGCCCUGUUCGCUUCGACGACUACAACUUCGAAAAAGAGGCGUACCAUCCUUGGCUCGCGUACGCUCAAUCUAAAACAGCUAAUAUCUACUUCGCUACCGAACUCGAGAGACGAUAUGGCGAUCAGGGUAUUCAUGCUCUCUCUGUGCAUCCUGGUUCCAUCCUUACCAACUUGACUCGACACAUUGAUCUGAAGUCACUCAACUUGCCAGAGGAGAUGGCACAAUAUUUAAAGAGCCCUGAGCAAGGCGCUGCGACGACUGUGUAUGCGGCAGUGAGUAAGGAAUGGGAAGGAAAGGGUGGGAAGUAUCUGAGUAAUUGCGCUGAGGAACCAUCGUUGGAGAAAGGUGCUGAUCCUUCGUCUGUUGUAUCGGGGUAUGCGGAUUGGGUUUACAACGAGGAAAGCGAGAAAAGGCUGUGGGAUGAGUCCCUCAAGAUGGUAAAAUGGGAGGAGUAA